GAUUCAGACCUUUCAGCCCUUUCCAGAACUUUGACUCUCUGGAGACAGGGCGGUUCUGCAGGGGGCGGUCUAGCCCCUAGCUUUGUUCUGGGCAGCCCAAUCAGCUCUGGAUUGCCUGAGCUGCCCUGAAGAGUCAGCCGAAAGAGCCAGAGGCUGCUUCCCUGUGGUUGCGGGUUCCUGCAUUCUCUGCUCUAAAUCCCAGCCUGCCCUUGGGGCUGCCCACGCCCCCUUCAGAUCCUUUGCUCCGGAGAGAGACCUGUCCGAGCAGAGGCCUGGACUACAUCUCCCGGCGUGCCUGGCAGUGUGGUGGCCUCUGUGCGCCAUCUGCACUCGUUGCAGGCGACGAUGCAGAGGGCUGUAAGUGUGGUGGCCCGUCUGGGCUUUCGCCUGCAGGCAUUCCCCCCGGCCUUGUGUCGUCCACUUAGUUGCGCACAGGAGGUGCUCCGCAGGACACCGCUCUAUGACUUCCACCUGGCCCACGGCGGGAAAAUGGUGGCGUUUGCGGGUUGGAGUCUGCCAGUGCAGUACCGGGACAGUCACACUGACUCGCACCUGCACACACGCCAGCACUGCUCGCUCUUUGACGUGUCUCAUAUGCUGCAGACCAAGAUACUUGGUAGUGACCGGGUGAAGCUGAUGGAGAGUCUAGUGGUUGGAGACAUUGCAGAGCUAGGACCAAACCAGGGGACACUGUCGCUGUUUACCAACGAGGCUGGAGGCAUCUUAGAUGACUUGAUUGUAACCAAUACUUCUGAGGGCCACCUGUAUGUGGUGUCCAACGCUGGCUGCUGGGAGAAAGAUUUGGCCCUCAUGCAGGACAACGUCAGGGAGCUUCAGAACCAGGGCAGAGAUGUGGGCCUGGAAGUGUUGGAUAAUGCCCUGCUAGCUCUGCAAGGCCCCACUGCAGCCCAGGUACUACAGGCCGGCGUGGCAGAUGACCUGAGGAAACUGCCCUUCAUGACCAGUGCUGUGAUGGAGGUGUUUGGCGUGUCUGGCUGCCGCGUGACCCGCUGUGGCUACACAGGAGAGGAUGGUGUGGAGAUCUCGGUGCCGGUAGCGGGGGCAGUUCACCUGGCAACAGCUCUUCUGAAGAACCCAGAGGUGAAGCUGGCAGGGCUGGCAGCCAGGGACAGCCUGCGCCUGGAGGCAGGCCUCUGCCUGUAUGGGAAUGACAUUGAUGAACACACUACACCUGUGGAGGGCAGCCUCAGUUGGACACUGGGGAAGCGCCGCCGAGCUGCUAUGGACUUCCCUGGAGCCAAGGUCAUUGUUCCCCAGCUGAAGGGCAAGGUGCAGCGGAGGCGUGUGGGGUUGAUGUGUGAGGGGGCCCCCAUGCGGGCACACAGUCCCAUCCUGAACAUGGAGGGUACCAAGAUUGGUACUGUGACUAGUGGCUGCCCCUCGCCCUCUCUGAAGAAGAAUGUGGCGAUGGGUUACGUGCCCUGCGAGUACAGUCGUCCAGGGACAAUGCUGCUGGUAGAAGUGCGGCGGAAGCAGCAGAUGGCUGUAGUCAGCAAGAUGCCCUUUGUGCCCACAAACUACUAUACCCUCAAGUGAAGCUGGCUCAGGGUGGGGCUGUCCCUUCCAGGAGUUUUGCCCCUACAAGGGGUUAGUCAAGAAGCUGAGGCAGAACUCACUGGGGAUGGGCAGUUAAGGUGGAGGCUGAUUCUAAUUGUCUGGUUGAGGGGCCACACCACCUAUUCCCCCCACCUAACUCAUGCCAUUCCAGCUUCCUUCAGGACCCUGCUUCUGAGUGACGGACCAGCUCACACAAUGUCUUGUUUCAGUCCAUGAUCCCACUGACCUACUCUUGCCUGCUGGAGGGUAAUGAGAAGCUUUGGUUCUGCCAUCUCUCCCACUCUGCCAGGUGCUGGCUGUGGAGCAAAGGCUCACCUUUGUGGGGAGGAUAAAACCUGCCCAACCUACCUCACCAUGGUUUUUCACAUUGCAAAGGGUAAUAACAUGGGCAGUGCGGACUUAGGCUACCCCCUCCAGUUUGCUUUCCGUAAAUGCAAAUUGUCCCUACUGCAAGUCAGGAAUGAUUGCUGACUCACAGUAGGGCUGCUAUGCCUGUGUGUAAACUUGGGGAUGGCUGAGGGAACAUAGACUCACUCUUCCACAUUCCCAAGUUGGUCUAGUGUGCUGCCCAGCAGCAAACCAUGGAAGGCUCACCACCUAUUCUGAGCUCCAGGGCUGUUGUAGGGCAGGGUGGGCUUCCUCCCAGACUUGCCUUACCCUGGCCUGAUCUUUGCCCCUGGUAUGCAUUAAUGGACUCCACUGAAUCCUGAAAAAAAAAUUAAACUUCCUUCUUACUUGCCAGUCUCUA